CAGCGCAAGUCGUUGGCAGAACGAACCGUGAAGGCUAGUUUUAUCAAAACAUGGAGAGUGCUCCAGGCGGUGCGUACGGUGGAGGAAAAGCCGGUGGAUCUUUCGAUCCCAUUUCUUUUCUACAGAGGCCUCCUGUAAUACUCCGACUUUUGUGUUGGUUAUUCUCCGUUAUAAUAUUUGGAUGUAUUUCUUCACAAGGAUGGGCGUUGAACGCGAAAAAUAAACACGUUUGUCUGUACAAUGGCGACGCUAAUGCGUGCAAUUACGGCGUUGGUAUAAGCGUCAUAGCUUUCUUGGCUAGCAUGGGUUUCCUCGUUGGGGAGUAUCUCUUCGAGCAAAUGUCCUCAGUCAAGACGAGGAAGCAUUUCGUAUUGGUCGAUUUGGGUUUCUCAGCUUUUUGGUCUUUUCUCAAUUUCGUCGGUUUCUGGUAUUUGGCUAGCCAAUGGGGAAAAUCAGCGAGACCACCAAAUGGCGUAGGCGUCAAUAACGUUCAGGCUGCCAUCGCAUUCUCUUUCUUCGCCAUAUUUUCAUGGGCUGGUUCGGCAUAUUUCGCAUACAAUCGCUUCAAGCAAGGAGCAGGCGCAGCGUUCGCUACGAACUACGAAAAUGAAUCUGGCAUGCCAUCGUCGUACCCAUCUUAUCCAGGCGGACCGGACUCCGAUCAACCUUACCAGGAGCCUCCGUUCUCGGCAGGACCCGGUCAAAGAGGUGCUACCGAUUUUCAGGCUCCUGCUUACUAAAAGACGGAAAAUGUGUAUUUUUCUAAAUAAUUGUUGAUUAUAAAUAGAAGAAUAACGAGGUCAUUUUACCUGCUGGAAGGUAACUGUCAUUAAUGUACUUAGGAAUAUAUCAACAAUAGAUUGCGCAAGUACUAUUUUUGUCCCAAAUAUUGAAUGAACUCUUAGAUGUACCGUUUAUAUUAUUAAGAUCACUGAGAAGGCAAAAAUUUCAACCUAUUUAGACAUUAUUUAUAUUCUCUUUUUAUUCGAAUAAUUUCCUAUCGUUUGUACAAGAAAGCGUUAAAGUGGCAAUCCACAUGGUGGUAUAAAGGCAAGGCCUUUUAUCUUCUCAAUAUUCUCAUUUAAAUUGAAUAUAUAUUCAAAUGCACUAUGUUUGACACUAAAGAUUGCAUAACAUUUAAAUUUUAUUUUAUAUUAUGUAAAAAGGAAUUUGUAUGAAGAUGAAAGAUCGAUGCCAAGUGUUGUAAUUAAUUCUGUUCCAACUGCCAUCGAAAGAAUUUAGCAAGCUUUCUUAUACGCGAAGUUAUUUUUAAUAAAGCUUUAUCUCGAAAAGCCUCGAUUGAAAUAAUGUUUAAUAUAUUAAGAGAAAUUACAGAACUAGUCAGUUAAAUUUUUUUCCGUUGAAAAUAAUAGAACUACAUUUAGCUGAUAAUUGUGAUUUGCUGGGAGGCUAAUUUUUACGUUCACACAACAUUUACGAAGCCAUUGAAAUGUGUUAUAUAUAAAUAUAUAUAAAUGUUAAAUAAUUAUUUUAGUAAACAAUUCAAUGUACAGUUGAUAUUUAAAUGUAUAAAUGUCGUGAUGAAAAGCUUUUUGUAGGACGUCUACAUUUUCUAAUUGUUCAAUGUAAAAUCGAUAUUGUACGCCGUAAAAUAUUGAAUCUUCUCUAUUAAGCUUUUUUCCGAAGAUUGGAUUUAUCAAUACUUGUAAAGAUGAAUUCAACGCCGACAUCCAUGCAUAGUAGUGUAAACUUGUUUGUAGAACCGUCUCCGAAAGUAAUAAAACAUUAUUUGCGGUCAUUAGAUGUGAUUGAGCUCAGUAAGACUGUAAAUAAUAUCUCCUUAUGCAAAAUACGAGUAUCUUGAUAACAGUAAGAGGUACAAAAUCGUUUAAAUGCAAAUAUUUUUUUAGUAAGCGCCUUGCUAUUUCAUUUUCAUGUCAUCUGUAGUUAAGAGAUGCGAGUUUGUUUUAAAUUUAACGAUUAAUGAGGUCUACAAUUAGAUGAGAUGAUGAUUUGUUUUCUCUUCGAUGAUAAUCAAAUUUAUAUAAUUUUCAAGGUGUAAUUACGUUAUGGAUACAAUGUUUGUACCAUGUACAUACAUCCCUCACCAACUUCUAGUUGUAGAAAAUCAAAAAUAUAUAUAUCCUAUCUCGAAUAAUAUAGAAUCUUGUUUUCCCAUUUAUCGAUUUUAGAGAGUAAGUUGUAUCAGACAGUAUUCUUUAGAAACUUCAAAGUACACAUUUUCGGAUUAGGGUUUAACGGGUAAGCAAAAAUAAAUAAUUAUUCAUUCACCAUCUGAAGGCUCCGGUAUAAACAUGACAAUAAAAUAAAUCUUUGCGAUGUUAAGUCUACUGUGACAUAUCUUGGAAAUUUAUACCAGAAUCGAAUAUUCGCAAUCGAAGGGAUGCACAAAAAUGUUUGAUUUGGAACUGGGAAUAUCAUUCUAAUUUCGUUGCUGCUUGAAAGUGUAUAGAAAAAAGUUCGUAGAUAUUACAUAAUAUUGUCCUUUGAGGAAGAGAUAGUGUUUAGCGGUUCUUAGCAAUAAAUAUGUGGAUAUUUACGGAUAGUUCUUUAUUUUAGUUUUUUCGAAAAGCCUUGAUUAGUAUCUUAACGGUUCGUUAAAUUUUUCUGAAUAUUGAUCAGAAACGACCCCUGAUUUAAGCUUGUAAAUGUUAAUGGAUUGUUAACCAUGUUUUAUUCCACAAUUAAUCAUGAAAGGAGUAUGCCUUCUCCUUUGAUGGUAAAAUGGUUUAAAAAAUGGAAUAAUGAAGUUGUAACACGCUUUUCCCAUUCAUUUUCUGUGUCAUUUCAAUAAAUAAUCAAUUUUUUUAUAAAAUUGACUCGUCGGAUUGAAGUAGUUUUGAAUUCCACAAAAACCAAACUGGCUUUUCAAUGUUUAUAACCUACUCAUGUUUACUCAUGCUUUUCGUGUUUGGAUUCAGAACGAGAUUGUUAAUCUAACGCCCUAAAUUUGAAGUUGACGAAUAUAAAACAAACAAUUUGAUGAACUGUACUGCCUAGAUCGUAUAGGUAUUUAUAGUUUUGUACUUUGAUUUUCUUACGAGAAAUGUGAUUUUAGUUUUUAAAAUAUUUGUAAAAAAUAUUUCUCAUGUACAAUUUACGUUAUUAAAUGUUAUUAUUUAA